AGCCUCAUUGCUAACAUAUGCAACUAGGUAUGUUGUUAUUGAAGUGUACAGCCCUCUGACAAACAAUGAAGUCAGUUUGGUUCAAAGAAGUUCUUGUGUACCCAUUACUUAAUAAGCCAUGAUAGACUGUAACAUUCUCCAUCAGGCAGAGUUCUAUGCUUCACGAAGUUCCUACUACUGAUUCUCUUCCCACUACAUAAUAUACAUCACAAGGAAAAUGAACUCAUUUUUUAUGAUGAACGAUUGAAAUUGGAGUUUCGGUAGUAGGAUAUUCAAUGAACUUAUUCUACCCAACAGGUCGUAUAUUUUGGACUAUUUUGGGAACGUUCAAUGCCAAAGUCACUGAAUUCGUAAGUCGUUAAAUCCUGAACUAUGACUUUGUUAAUUUCAGCGUUUCUCUUUUCCAGAAAAGACUUUUCUGCUCGCUUCAAAAGUCAUUGUCACAACAGAGUCGAGCAUUUUAGACUUCACCUAUUGUUCUAAUCAAACUGAUAAUGUAAAAUUGAAAAUUUUCUACCAUAUCACAUUAGUAGAAUAUUCAAGUGUGAAAGCUGUAGAUAAGUGUGUGUAACACUUUUUAAUAUUUUUUUAUAUAUUCCAAAAAAGAAACUGAUAUACUCUGUAUUUGAAAACCAUCACGCAAGGAAUAGUAACUUUAGUUGUUGUAAACGCCAAAGCACAGGCACUAAAGCUAAAAUCGGGUCAGGCAGAAAAAAGACGUUGCCCAAUUCCUUUCUCUACAACAGUCCACGGCUACAAAUGAAAUAACAGCCCCUGUAACCUACUACGACUCGCAAAAUUCCCAUUCAUGGAAGCCUCUGUGAGACUACUCACUUGUUUAAAUCGCCACCAUCUCCCCACUUCUCUCUUCCUCAAACUCAAUCACAAGCCCCUUCCUUUAUCACCCUCUUCAUUUCCCACCCCUUCACUUUCCUUAUCUCGCAAAAACGCCCCCCACAUUUUCUUAUCCCAUCGCUAUUUCUCCUCCAAUCCGUCCUUCCCACUUUCACCUCCAUUUAGGUUUUCAAAUCCUCCCUUCAGUACAUCACAAUUCUUCAAUCCCUUCCUAUCCAGCAAUCGUUUUGCCCGUAUAGUAUCGGGUCCGCAAGACGGAUUAUUCAAUUGGCAUUUUGCUGCAGGCAGCGAAAAGGGUAUUGAAAUUGGGGUGCCGCCGAAAGAAGGCCCAAUUGUGACGGUUGUGUUAUUGGGUUGGCUCGGGUCAAAGCCCAAGCAUUUAAGGAGGUACAUUGAGUUGUAUAACGCUAGGGGUAUUCACGCUGUAACAUUUGUUGCUUCUGUGAGAGAUGUGCUUUCGUUCGAUUUAGGGAAGAAAUUAGAGGAGCGGAUUGCUGUGCUGGCAAAUGAGCUUGCUUUGUGGAUGUCGGAGUCAGACAAGGAUGGCCGUGAAAGAUGUUUGGUUUUUCACACCUUCAGUAAUACUGGCUGGCUUGCUUAUGGUGCUAUUCUGGAGAAUUUGAAAAGCAGAGAGGAUUUGUUGGAAAAGAUCAAGGGAUGUAUUGUUGAUUCAGGUGGCGACCCUGAUAUAAGCCCCAAGGUCUGGGCAGCAGGAUUUACUACAGCCCUGCUGCAGAAGCGUAGCUCUUCUGUAUAUCCUUCAGUGGAAGCUGGUGAAGGAAUUGAAGUGCAAAGUGGGUUAACCUCAGGAAACAUUCAAGGGAAAGAACCCAUGUUGAUGGAAACCUUGCUUUUAGCAGCAUUUGAGAAGCUUUUCUCAUUUCUUCUUAAUUUGCCUGAUGUUAAUGCGCGGCUGAGGAAGAUAAUUUCUGCCCUUGUCAAGAACCAGCCUUCUUGCCCGCAGCUUUAUCUUUACAGUUCUGCUGACAAGGUCAUUCCGAUUCAGUCGGUUGAGUCUUUUAUUGAAGAGCAGAGAAAAAGUGGGAGAAAGGUUCACUCUUUCAACUUUCGCUCAUCUCCCCAUGUAGACCAUUACCGGACUUUCCCAGACAUUUAUGUAUCUGUACUACAGAAAUUUCUCGAAGAAUCUAUGCUCGUUCCAAAUGGAGUGUACCAAGUAGAAAGCCAGGUCAGUGGAUCAUAGGCGUUGAAAGUGGUUAUUGUCCCUCCUAGUCCUUGUUGAAUUGCUUUAAUUUGUGGCAAUGCAUCAUAAGAGUAGCAACUUAGUCUCGUGCGAAGUGGAUUUCAAUUGCUACUCGGGCAGUAACAUUAUGCAUGCCUUUAAAUUAAUCAAUGAGGCAAAAGUAAGGCUUACUGCAGCCGAACUGAUGGUGAUUGCCAUUGUCAUUGGUCCAAAGUAGAUAAUACAACUCCAAUCGACUGGAGCCAAUGUUCUAAAAAGGUGAGUAUGUCCAUAUUUACCUUAUCUGUGUUUCAGAAAUGAGCAUGUAGUGAUUGUCCUCUGCCUAAUCUCUAUAGAUAUUGUGUAGUAGGCAUGUUGCUACUUUCACAUUUGACAUUGUUUGACUUAGGUAGGGAUAUCCAUCCUUGGAUUUAAUAUUUGUGUGAAUGCAUUAUGUUCUAUCAAAUUCCACGUAUCUUCUUUCAUAAAAGAAGAAGAAAUAUAUCCGUGUAUCUCAGAACCUAUCCUGGAGCAUUCUUAUAAGGCAAUGUUGUUUCCUUUUUUA